CGAUGUGUUACGCGCCCGUGCUUUAGAAAAAAACAGAGAAGGAAAACUUCACAGAAAUGGCGGAGGGUACAACGACUCUCAAAGGCUUGCGAGCCCAGAUGGCUGCAGCUGCACAGGCACAAGCCGAGGAGCGGCGCAGCCUGGCAGGGAACAGCCCUACAUGCCCUACAGGACCUACAGCCAACGCACCAGCUAAACCUCAGGGGAGUAGGCCAGUCAUUGACGGUGCUGCACUUAGAAUAGACGACCGACUGCGAGUGGCAAAAGAGAGGCGAGAGGAGGCAGAGAGACAACAGGCUUUGCGAGACUCACAGAUCAUGGAGCGGGAGCGCAAGGCCAAGAUGCAAGUGGAGCGUCAGAUGGAGGAGCGUCAGAAAAAGGUUGAAGAGCAGCGAAGAAAGGAGGAGCAAAAACGAUUGGCUGUGGAGGAGAAGAGGAAGCAGAAACAGGAAGAGGAAAAGGAGCACUACGAGGCAGUGAUGCGACGGACACUGGAGCGUAGUCAGCGACUGGAGCAAAGGCAGAAAAGAUGGUCCUGGGGAGGACUGUCCACAGACUCUGAUGGACGAACAGGAGACUCUGAUGCCAGCGCCUCAUCUCCAGUAACUAUAGUUAUCUCCCCUGCCUCACCAGAAAAGCCACCAAGGAGCCGACAAGUGGACAAGCGUUCCACAUCCACCAUGAACCUGAAACAGCCGUCCGAGGCUGGCAUCACCAAACGCCUUUCCUCCUCCUCUGCCACCCUUAUCAAAUCUCCUGACAAAAGUGUUAAGCAGAGGAGUUCAUCUUGUAACCGGUUGCCUAACAAUGGCAAUGCAGCCAGUAAGGAAGACGGCAAAAAGCUUCAGGUGGAACAGACAGGGCUUUCCAUCAAGAGGAGAAGUUCCUCCCUCACACGAGUAAGUGUGGGCAGAGCACAGACCCCUGCCAAGCCUGAUAAGGGGACAACGGAUAAUCAAGCUCGCAGGCCACCGGCCAGCACUGUGGACGGAGGAGUCCUUAGUCGCCUGCUCACCCCCACCCAGGCCUCUCUAGCUAGGAGCAAGAGCGCCGCUGCCCUGUCCGCUGAAGGAACAAAUGCUCCAGAGUGUCACCUGUGUCCUCGCUCAGCCUCUGCCAGUCCCCUGCACCCACCGCGGGGGCCCGUGCGCAGCCGCAGCAUUGACCGACAGAAGAGCGGCAUGACCACAUCUGUGUCUGCUGAUGGAGCCCUCGACCCUUCACUGAAGGACAAGCCGUUUACAUCACCUGGAGGCCAACGUCCUGCCUCCCCAUCUACCACCCUGGGGCGCAACCGUUCACCAUCCCCAGCCCCCAAUCCAGCCCCAAAGAGGACCCCAUCCCCAACAGCAUCCAAGCAAAGUCCCCGCACACGCCCACCCUCACCGGGUGCAAUGAAACAGCGUCCCCCAUCCCCCCAGCCUACAGCCACGAAACCUCCACCUAUCCAGAAACCAGCUCUCACUCCAACAGGGCCCCCCACUUUGCGAAAGAGGGACUCCAAGCCCAAGGACCUGUGUCCUGUCCAGGCUAUGUCUCCACAGUCCUCUGAUUCCAGCAAGACCAAAGAGAAAGAUGACUCUAAAGCCUCAGCGGGCACCAACUCGGCCGCUGAAGCAGCCAAGAUCCUGGCGGAGAAUCGCAGACUGAUGCGAGAGCAGAAGGAGAGAGAGGAGCAGCUCAGGAUACAGAGAGAGGAAGAAGAGAAGGUGAGAAAGGAAGAAGAGAUGCGUUUAGCAGAGGAGGCUCGACUCAAACGCCUGGAGGAGGAGAAGAGACUCGCGGAGGAGAGGAAAAUCAAAGAGGAGGAAGAUGCUCGCUUAGCAGAGGAGGAGCGGGUUAGAAUGGCGGAAGAGGAGGCAGUGAAACAGGCUGAGCUGCAGAAGGAACGGGAAGAGGCUGAGGCCAAGGCCCUGGAGGAGGCAGAGAGAGUCCGUCAGGAGAGAGACCGCAUCAUGCAACAGAACCAACAAGAACGAAUGGAGAGGAAGAAGAGAAUUGAAGAGAUAAUGAAGAGAACAAGAAAAGGGGACCAAAAUGACUUGAAGAGAGAAGCUGGAGAUGACUAUAAACCAGAGGACGGAGAGGACGGAGAGGAAGGAGACGACCAGACAAACUGUGAACCCAAGAUUAAAAUCGAAGGCCAGAUGGAUGACAUCACCGUGGAGGAUGACAAAGAAGAGUGCGGUCUGUCCUCUGGUGAGCCGCUGGCUCAGCGACAUGAGCCUCUGGGCAGCAUGAAUGGAAAACCAGAGACAGACGACAAGGAGAAUAACAAUGGCAUGAGCACAGAUGAGACUCAGGCAGUAAGUCCAGUCCCUAAGGGCCGCCUCGUUGAGGGCUCAGAGUUCCUGAAUGACUCUGCCAAGGUGGGCUUGGUCUCAGGUCUCAAUGGUAAAUCAAACCAGUGGAGCUUUGAGGAACUCAUUGACCUCAACGUCCACUCCAAGACUCGGCCCCUCAUCGAGGCAGAGGACUGUAACCAGGUCUUAAUCAACUGUGACGGGAGCACAGACGGGACCAGGGUAGCUUUCGAGGACAAGGGGACCCCUGUUACCCUGCAUUCCUCCAAUCAACCCAUAGAAGCCCUGUCAGAGCUGUGAUGCCGCAGCCGUCGCUGAGAAGCCUCUUACUGUUGCACUCGUAAAGUUCCUCUUCAGCUGAGCUCCUUAAAAAAAAAAAGUUCUCGACCAGUUCCAGACAGCUUCCUCAUCUUUCUCCUCCUCCUCUUCCAGAGGGAGGAGCACAAGGUGAAGGGGAAAGACCAUCCCAAGUGCUACAUUUGCACCCAACAGAUAUAUUACAAAAACAUAAAUGUAUUUUAAAAAAAAAAAAAGUUAUGCUUCAGGGAAAUUCCAUUUAUUCCUUUAACGUGCCCGCUUCAGGUCUCUUUCCUCUUCCUCUUGUGUUUAGCUCUCCAGAAUUUUUUUCUAUGUUGUGUCCAAAAUUGAUUAUGUUUUUUAAGAGUUGUGUCUUGUCAGGGGUGCAUUUGUUGUAAUUUAUUAAUUUUGGCUUCUUCGUCAUUGUAAUUAUUGUUAUCAUAUGUUUAGUCUUUUUGUUUUCUCUCGCAUGAGAAUAUUCCAGGACACACACGCACACAUGCACACACACACACACACACACACACACACACACACACACACACACACACACACACACAUUUGGCUGUGUGAGUUGUAUAUCACGAGUUAAAGGAAGAAACGUUAAUACGUUAUGUUCUGUCAGGGGUUUGGUGGGGAUAGCAUCCCAGGGUUUGCAUGUGAUUCAUCUAAAUUUACUUGACCGGCUGCUUUUGGCAGCAUCCAGCAAUAUGGCCUUACCUUUUUUCCCAGCUUUUGAUUUUGAAGUGUGAAUAUGCUUAAAAGCUUGCGCUGAAGCUCAUACACCUGGGAGUGGAUACUGCAUUCAUACUAAACAGUUAAUGUCCUCUCAAGCCCCAUUUCUCCAUCUCCCAGAUUCCCUCACUGGGUGUUUCCUUCUUUGGCCACCAGAGGGCAUCAGGAACACAACUCCAACUGUUACAUUUAAAACUGAGGAGUGUUGAGAUUUGCAACACUGUAGUGAAUUCAAAUAUUCAAUGAAGUUUCAGCAGUUUGUUCAUUUAGGGCUCAUUUAGGAUUUGUUAAUUUUUACAUAUGUAUAUAGAAUUUAUGUUUACUAACAACAUUAUUGUAAUUUACAUCAGAUUCUGACUCGUAUCCGAUUAUAGCCUCAUCUCCACCGACUGCAUCUGCACCACACAACUGAAUAACCAUAACUGCAACAUACUAUUUUAACAGGUGAAGUCCAUUAGUUUCAUUUAUAGCUACUUUUGAGCUUCUUUAAGGAAUAAUUCACCUCCAAAAUGAUAGUUUGUAUAUCAGUUACUCAUCCCAUGUUAUGUUGAAUUUGUGAAGAAAACUUCGUUUUUCUGGCAUGCUGUAAUGGUAAAUGAAGAAUCCAAAAAUGAAGAAGAUUAUUGAAGAAAUAACAACAGAAAAACUAUAUCAAAGCAUCUGUUUAACUCAUGCAAUAUAAUCUAAGUCGUAUGCUCAGUAUUUCCCGAACGGAAAAUGAAACUUUCGCAUGCUCUCACGAUAACUUUUACCUUAUCAAAUACAGGAGCUGCUGGUCUACCACUACCUUAAUCAGUUAGUUUAUUUGUGACAUUGAAUCUGAAAUAACCUUUUAAAACACCAGCGUCAGACAAAGUUACACAAUAACACAAACUCACUACCGAUGGAGGCAGUGGUCAACAAGCAGCUCCUGUGUUCAACAAGAUAAAAUUACUGUUUUUUUGUCAAAGGAGUCUGGCGAGAUCUUUCUCACUUUUGGUGUUCUUUAUUGACAGGAUACGUUGCGAGAGAAACGUAGUUUUCUUCACGUAGUCAACCCGACACAGGGUGAGUAAUUCAUAUAAAAAUGAUCACUUAUGGGGUGAAGUAUUCUUAAAUGCGGUAUGCGUUUGUUACUGAACUGAACUCGAAUGUUCGGCUGAAACUAAAAAUCAGGUUUUUCAAUUAUCUGGUUGUAACUUGAGCUUUACCAACACAUCCACGCACACAUUUCCAUCCAUCCACCUGUCUGUGCGACUCUUUCAUCAGUUACAUUCAUUUCCCAUUUUUAUUAACUGUCUGAAAAUUCCCAACACUAGCUGCUACAUUCGACAAAACACAUUUCAAUUAUUUUUAUAAUAUAAAAUUUGGCUGUUUGUUUAUAUAUGAGAAUGCAUUUCUACGUAUAUUUAAGUGUUAUUGUAUUGUGUAUAUAAUCAGUAUUAGGCAAAUGAAGCCAUGUUUAGGAUGGAGCGGUGUCAGGACGUGGAUAAUUGAAGUCUGUGUAUGUGGCUGUGCUAUACGUUAGGUCUCUGUACGACGUGUGCCCUGCGGCGGGGUAGUCAGGUUACGUUUGGGAAAAAUUAACAUGAAGCCCUUAUCCACUCGAGCUCUGCAAAACAAGGGGCCAAGUGGGGAAAUAUGACGUGUAUUUGUGUGUAUGUUUGAGAGCUUUUAGCCCCCUGUUCCCAAUUCCCCUAAUUCUGAAUAUUGCCUCACAGAGACUAAAGUUUUGGCAGUGAGUUGUUACAGCUUAGCUAAAAGUCUGACCCGUGAUCAGAGCGAGGGCUGCGCCUCCUUGUGAUGCUUUUAAUGUCAUCAAAAUAUGUUUUAUAGGAUGUGAGGUUGAUAGUUUUGGUAGGCAUAACAGCUCAGGUCUUAACUAUUCUUUGAGGCGGGGCGCAGCCACCAAACAAAGUACGACGAGGGUCAGACUCAUUUUCUGUUUUUCUGGAUUCUUCAUGAACUGUACUGAAAUCUUGAAAUUCCCUAUGCUUGAACAGUCCAAGCUUGAGGUUUGGGGACCUUGAUUUUUGCCUUGUUCUCUUUGCUGGCUAACUAAAAUCUCUUUGUACAUAAAGACUAGAGGCUUUGGAUCUUAGCUUUGAUUAUUAUUAAGCUCAAAGAAUGUAACAGACUCCAUAAACCGUCCUCCAUUAUUUACCAUGUCUCUCAGCGCUGCCUGCUUUUCGGCUUUCAUCCAUUAUUCAUCUGGAAAACAUGAGACUCUUUGCACUGUCACAAAUUACUACGUUUCGAGAAAGAUAACUGGGGAGUGGCUUUACUGUACGGACUCAUAGGAGAUUUGUGUGAUAUUGUGGAAGAAAAGAAAGUAAUUUGUUGCUUCCCAGAUGAUUUUAGAUGUCUCAUUCAUAAUACAAAACUUGCCUAUACCCAAACCUUUCCUGCUCUUUCCACUCACGAGUAGCACGUGUUGGGGGGCUGUCGUAGCUGCUGCUUUAACAGAUACUGUAUCUACUUACUCCUGCUGCAUCUUUGAGGGCUCAAGUUCUCAAAGUUGUCUAUAACGAUAGGAUAGAAACGGUGCCUUAGAUUGAGAUUUAGUAUUUUUAUUGUAUCACAGUUAACUAAGAAAGCUUGUCCUUACCUCGGCCUCGACAAUCAGUCUACCCAACCAGGGCGACUUUGUGAAUAUGAAUAUUUCUCUGGAAGAUUUACAAACCUAACAACGCCCUGUCCACAAGUAAGAUUUGUACUGUAAAUAUAUCUAAAGUGUACUGAGAUGAUACAAACUGUUAAAUAAAGUCUUGCAAAAAUA